AGGACAACAUGCGCUUCUUGGUGGUGUUGAAUGUGGUGCUUCUCGCUCAAGUGUGCUUAGGAGGUGCGAUCGUUCCAGGCCCACGCGAACACUCUUCGUCGUCCUCCCACUCUUCCUCCUCGUCCGGUGGACCGGGAUCUGAUGUGGCAUUGAGUCGCCGCAAGCGUGGCUGGGGAUGGAGCAGUUCACCUUCAAACCAGGUCACUAAGCGCCCGAUCGGCUGGAGCUUUGGCGAUGCGCAGGAGGUGACGGUUAAACCGAAGAAGACGAACCGGUACAGCAGUAGUGCGCGGCGGACCACGGCAACACCGGUCUUCUAUCACAACGUGAACAUGAACGUUCACUACGGUCGCCCAACGAAGAGCCUCGGCGGAGAGCUGGUCAAGGCUGCCCUGAUCGUCGGUGCCGCGGGAGCCAUCAAAGCUUACGCCAAACCGGCUACACCGCCCCGGAUGAGCGCUAAGCAGCGAGCGGAGGAACGCGAACGGCGUCGCCAGGAACGACUGGCGCGGAACAGAAGCACCACUCCGAUCGUACCGGUGUCGGCGUCCGUCGUUGAUGCAACAGCGGCAACUACCGCCAUACCACUGGCCAACUCGGAGCUGAUUCCGGUGAUGAUGCAGGAUGAGAAUAAACUGCUCCAUAUCGUUUACGUGACGCGAGACAAGAUACCGCCCGGUGGUAUCCCGAUCGCUAGCUCGGCGCCAUUCCCUGGCAUUCCUGGAACCGGUGGUCAGUUGCCGCAACCCGCACCAGCCCCAGCACCUGCACCAUUACCGGGAGCCCCGCAACAGCUACCUAUGCAACAGCCCGUCGCUGGGCCUGUUGCUGUUCCUCAGCUUCCGUAAUCAACCUGCCCUGCUGAGUGCUGCUGCGUGUCAUCCAAUCAGCCGUAGUGGGUUGUGUUGGCACGUCGGAAGGCCAGAGGCGAACGUUGCGGUUUUUCACAAAUUAAUUGGCCGGCUAGUUGGCGCGCUCUGCUACAGUUAAAUGGUGCCUAAAAAGCUGCUCACCGAUCACGCGCAUAGGUUUUCGCUUUGACUUGCCUUUAAACUUUGCCACACCCGCCGGCCGCCACCACCACCCCAGCUACCACGCUAAUGUGAAAGUGGUCCACCAAGCGGUCGCAUGUUGCGGAGACUGUGCCGCCACACAACAGCAACAACAACAACCACUUCCACCACCACCACCCAAGCGGACAGGCGAUGCCGAUGGCGAUGACGCCGGCCAUUAUUAUUGCAACCUUGAACACGGAAGGCGCUGGCCCGCCACCAUCUUCUAGCCAGCGUGUCCGGAGUGGCCGAGCGGGAUUGUUGUGCAGCGACUGCUGUGAUGUGAAAGGACCAAAGCCACCGACCGUCUCGAUAGCUAAGAUAAGAUUGGAUUUAUGAUGUGUUUUUUUUUGGGAAAGAAAUUCGUUUCUGGGCUACGAAGGCCACGCGCAUCUUGGUCAGGUUGGCCGGGUUGGCUCCUUCUUCGGAACGUACCAAUGGCGCGCCGUUGCAACACCGUUUUCGAUUGACUUUUUUGAACAGCGCCAGUAGCAGUGCAGUGGGCUGUGUGCAUUCCCUACCAGAUAGCUAUGAACCAAUGAGCACCAUUUGACUAGUUG